AUGGUAUACUUUUUCAUUUUCAGAGCAAAAAUGAUUGACUUGGCAGCAGAGAUAUCGAAAUUGCAAAAGGAAGUUGACUCAUUUAACCAGGAAAAUGCUACAUUUCUCACCUAUGAAAAGCGGUAACUUAACAUUGUUAAUCGUUUGUUGUCUAAUAAAGUAAUAGUAAAAUCACAUGUAAAACAUAGAAAAGACAUUGAGGUAAAGAUACACAAAUGAGCUUAUGCUACAAUGAGACAAAGACAUGCAUGAUAAAUAUAAUGACAUAGUUUUUUCUCCAGCUUACUUGGAAUGGUCAGAGCCCUGUAGGAAGAUUUUUUUGAAAGAGCAAUGCAAAUGUAUUUUGUUUUAGAAUUUUCAUUUAUAUUAUAAUUUAUUAUUUUUAUUUAAUAGUUAAGACAGCUAUACAUGUAUCCAAAAAUUAUUGCUUGCAGAGCGGAGGGCUUGGCAAAUGAAAUCAAAGAACUUCAGGGACAACUAGCUGACUAUAACAUGGUAAAAAUAAGAAAUAAGAACAAAUAUUUUCAUGAAUUCUCAAUUCUGCCUGCAUUUGAUCUUCUUUCAUUUGAAAGUUUCAUUUUUUUCCAUUGUCAUUCAGUCAUGUCCUUUCUCUUUGUCGGUCUUAUUUUUAUGCUUACAGUAUUGAAAAUCUCAUUAUUGUUAUUAUUAUCUUUAAUAACAGCUUUUGGACAAAAUAAAUACGGAUACUGAAAUGGAUGAUAUUAUUCAAGAUUACAAUGCAGUAAGUGUUUUAGGUCUUAUCAGACAGUAACCAGGGAGUCUUGGGAAAAAAUUGUCUACUUUAACUUUCAAAGUAAACUUUUAUUUACAUGUAUCAAUAGUUUUUUGUUUCAUCUUUUUCUAUAGCUGAAAAUGCAGAAUGAACGUGAACAGAAUUCUAUUGACGAACUUUUCACUCAGAGACGAGAGUAAGUUCUGAAGAUUCUAGGUUGCUUUUACAUCAGAUGAAGCCUGUUUACUGUGGCCAGAAUCAAUGUACAUGUAUGCUACCUGCACGCGUGGCACUCCCCCUAAGACUUUCUUCAAGUGAUUACUUGUGGAUGAACCUCAUGGACAUUGAGGAUACAAAAACAUUGUUGGUGAUGCAAUGAAAAUAUUUUGUGUAAAAAAAAGUUUCUUCUGAAUGCUGACCCUUAUUUACGUAGACAUCUUAGGAUAUUUUGCAAACACAUGUAACUUAUUGUUAAUAGCAACCUUUUGUUAUGCAACAAUACUAAAUGAGAUGGCCGGUAGCUUAGAAUGACUUCAGGGUCUGAUUUCACUGGAGAUGGUAAUUGUUAGCAAGAGACUAAAAUAUUGGAGCUGAUUUAUAUAAUUUACUUGUAUCUCAAAUCAUAAAGUUUGUUUGUGGAGUAACACAGUCUAGUAAUUCCUUGUUAUUUUCAAUCCUUAAUUUAUUUUCAAUGUUUUCUCUUAAAAGCAAAGAGCACCAAAUUAAGCAGCUGGAACUGGAACUUGAUCAAGAAAGAAGAAUGGCAGAGAGUUUGGUGGAAGACAUGGUAAUUAAAUAACAAUUGCUUAACAAAAGUAGUGGGUUUCCUCCUACUUGAUUUUUAGAACUCACAUACAUUACCUAAAUUAUUGAAUACAGAGGCCAAUUUAAUAAAACUUUUACAAGUGUAACCACCGUUUUAGAGUCUGAAAACAAUAGCUACACUUGUAAAUUCUCUAAAAGUUUUAUAAAAUUGACGCCAGGUUGGACUGGUUACUGAAACUUAUUUUUUAUGACACUAGCCUUGAUGUGGGUGGAUAGAAUGACCCCAUUUUAGUGCUAGUUAUGGAAGUAAUAGUGGCGAUUACUUCAGCAAGUGGGAAGAAAAGAGUUCCACCAAUGCUAACAGUUGUUGAUAACUUUUUUGUCCAUUUUAGCCUCCUGAUCAGAGAGCAAAGUAUGCUAAACUAAAGAAUGUUAACAAUUCACUCCAGUCGGUAAGUUUUUUUUCUUUUCCUCCUUCCUUGGUUUCUUUUUCCCUCCACUUCUUUGUUUGUACCAAAGAUGAGUUCAGACUUCAAUAGCAACAAAGACAAGGACAGAUGCAGUAAUGAAAUACUGACAUGGACAUUGCUUCCUUCUCAAAACAUAAAACAGAGGGUUUUGAGGGGCAUAUGUAACUCUCCUAAGAGGACCUCAUCAUACAUGACUGUAGUUAAGAUUCUUUAAAAAAAAAAAAGAAAACAGCAGCAAAACUUUGUUAGCACAUGGCAUAUCAGUUAUUGGAAAUGGACAAUAAGGUAAAGGCGCACACAAGUCAAAGGCCCAAACGGCCAGAGCUUAUCCUGGUUUCAUUAGCAUGAAGCACCUAGUAGUAUGGCUACUUAAUUCCCCUGUAUAAGGCACAAGUGUAAUAAAUGGACCCAUGGACGGGAUGCUAGUCCAUCGCAGGGUUACCCCCCAGCAGUAUGUGGCCAGUACUCACUUAUACCCCUAGGUGAAGAGAGACAAAGUGGAGUAAAGUUUCUUGUCUAAGGAAACAACACGAUGGGCGAGGCUUGAACCCCAGACCUCCAGAUCCGGCGUUGGAGGUGUUAACCACUCGGCCACACAUGCCUCCAUGAAAUGGACAGUAGUUAUUAGUACUUCUUGUUGAUUUUGUUGAUUUUUUUUGUUAUACUCUUCCAUCAUUGUAUGGUAUAUUACUGACAGUACAUUCAUCAUUGUUACAGGAUCUUGAACGAAAGCAACAGGAAUUAGAUGCGCUAACUACUCGCAUUCAAAACCUUGAAGAUGUAAGUACAUUUCCUAACAUAAAUUGAAGGGUAAACAAUCUUCUGAUACAACAUUGUGUGCCACUCUACAUGUUGCUUGUUACUUUCUAUGCAAACAGUUUACCUUUCUCGUGAAGUAUAAUUACUUGCAAUUUUUGUAUCAAAUGUGUAACAGGAAGUGUCCAGCUCUCACAUCAAGCAAGAAGCAGUCACACUGUAUGAAAAACUGAAUGAACUUGGAGAAAAGAAACAGAGUUUACUUGAUGAGAUGGAGAAGGAAAAUAAAGGAACUCCUGCAGAAGAAAGAGAAAGACUUCUUAAACAGGUACAAUAAUAAUUAUUAGGAUCAUGAACUAUUUAACUCGAGGAAUAAUUAUUAUUCCUCGAGCCCGAAUGGGCUCUGAGUAGAUAGGCCAUGAGGCCAAAGGCCAAAUGAGCUAUUGGCUCAGACUGAGAUUCGGGCUCAAGGAAUAAUUGUGUUAGUAAAAUCCAACUAGCUGGUCAAAAAUAUCGAGACAAAACAACUUUAGUAAGCAAAACGUGAUUCAGCCGCCAUUUUUUUAGGUUUUCAAAGCCAGUGCUUUUCGCUACUAGUGGGCUAUAACGUAUAGCCUAGUAGUAGCUCAACCAAUCAGAACACAGCAUUGAUGAUAGGCCACUACUUGGAUUUUAGUAAAACCAAAACAGGGCAGUAAUUCAUAAAAAAAUUUUCUUUUCGUACAUUCUCAGGUGUAACAGAUCAAAACAGGGACAGUUGAGGAAAUUAGGCACUUUUUUAUUCUACAAAAAAAGCUGAAAUUUUCAGUUUUCUGUUGUCCCCCUUAGUGUUGAUUGUGUUGAAUUAAAACUUGAAUACAUAACAUAACACUGCACCCUUUUGUUGAUACUGUUUUUAUUUCUCCUCACUAAGAAAUGUACACCGAUGAUUAUCUAUCAAAAUACUGGUCUAAAAGACUAGCCGUCCUUUAGUCAUCCAUUACUAUGCUUUAACUGAAACUGAUAGCAGCAUUAGUUAGUUUGUUCAGAUUUAAACUUGUGAGAGCAUUGGUUGUAGAAAACUUGAGUGUUAACUGACAUCCCAUCAUUAAUUAAAAGCAAUUAAUAGCGUGUAUCUUCCAUUAGUUCUCUGAGGACCUUGGCUGAAGAAGAACAUCACUCCUGUGCUUAGUUUAAUAUCUCAAUGUGGUAUGGACCCUGGAGUUAAUGGGAGAGAUAUACAAGUCAUUUAAUAAUUUAAUAAUUUAUUUUUUUUUUAUUUUAUUUCUUUGCCUAUAGGUCAAAGAAGACAAUCAGGAGAUUGCCAGCAUGGAACGAAAGUAUGUGACCAUUCUUUAAUCGUUUUAGUUUUCACAGUUCAGAUUAACAGUCUUUUGUAGAAAACGCUCACCGAAAACAAAACAAAAAACCUAUAAUGUUGGCAAAGCGCUAGCUUGUAAGAUAGUUGUCAAGGCUAAAAUCAGUAAAUCUGUCUUUGAAUCCAAGUAAAAGAACCUUAGAUACAACGAGGUUUUAAGGCGUUUUUGUCGUUUGUUUAGGACCGCUGAACUUCGAGAGAAGAUUGAAACUUUGAAUGGGGAGAUUCAACAGUUGGACAUGGACCUUGAAGAACACCAAGGUAAACAUUUAUCAUUGCAGAUUGAGUUUUCUUUGUUCACUACAGAAAAAAGAAUAUGAUUUUUCAAAUAAAUGAAAAUGUCAAAGUAGGUAGCUUGCAGGAAGUCGUAGCAAUUAAGUUUGUUUUUUCAGUGAAUUACAUGCAGACAACGCUUUUUCAAUGCAUUCAAGUGAAUUAACAAAAAAUUAUGUUCCUUUUCAGGUGAAAGAAAUGUUAAGUACAAGGAAUUAAAGAAGAGAGAAGAAACGAUGGAUGGUAGGUCUGAACUGAUCAGUAGUAAAAAAUAAAAAAAAUUAAAGUUUUAAUUAAUUUCAACCUAGCCAUUCUCUGCAAUUCAAGAUUUUUAUGCAAUUAGGAGAGUUAAAUUUGGAAACGAGUUUGUUAUGUUUCCUUGUCAGAUUUUCUGGAUACUUUUGAAGAGGUGAAGGCAAACGAACAGGUUGGUCAGCAAAUUAUUUCCUGGUACCCGAAAAUAACUUUAUUUUGUCUACACCAUUUACCACUGAUUUUUAAAGAUAAUAUCAUUUUAAUGUGUGCAAGUCAUAUGUGUCAUGCAGUUCCCCACCAGCCUCCCCCUACUCUUAUCACGUGUGUUACUCGUAUAGCCUAGUACAUUGUAGAGUCCAUCCUGCCGUUUUUCCACCAAAUGUUCCCCAAAGUUCGGGGGAGAGUUAGGGGGGCUCUGGUCAAAGUAAAUUGUAAAUGGUCACAGCGUUUGACUUAGCUCUGAUCUUCUUUUCACAGACGAGGAAGCAACAAUUGGAGAACACAGUUGUAAACAUUCUGGAACACAUCAGCAGAGUAAGUAAACUGUUGUAUCUUCAUAUUAAGGACUGAGAAACAAGCGUCGGGAACUUAAUGUCGAUAAUGCUUUUAGUCUUUUAAGUCAGGCAGUUUCAGUACUUGCAAUUCACUCGUUAGAGUAUCCAAAUAAAUACUUCAGAAUUCAACGUAGAAAUCAGAUGCUUAAGUUUCAUUAAUUAUACUGUUUGUUUUAGGGAAUGGUACGAACAAAACACAUGCCCAGUCCGGCAGAGCUUCAACGAAUGAAGGUACUUUAAAGUUAAUGUAUUUGUGAAGUCAGCUCGUUUUGACUCAAAAGACUUUGAAAAUGAGAGAGAUCAUAUUUGUCACCAUCAACAUCAUAAUUUAACUCUUUUCAUUAACUUUAGGAUGACUUGAAUUUCAAAGAGACAGAGAUGCACAAGUCGCAAUCGACUGCUGCCAGUUUAGGUUCAGGUAAGUCCUUCCUCGCUUACACAUAACAACUAUUUCAUUUUUAAUUUGCGAUGUAUAGCAACAAGAUGAAAGUUAUUGGAACUUCAAAAACUCACGCCGUGCUUUAGAAUGGUCUCGUGAAGUACAAUCACGUGACGUAGAUCUAACAUUUGUAUAUGGUGCUUUAGAAAGGUCUUGUGAUGUACGAUUAUGUGUCCUGGCCUGUUAUUUGUACACGGCGCUUUGGAAUGGUCUCAUGAUGUACGAGCACGUGACCUAGAUACGGCGAUUUGGAAAGGUCUCGUGAUAUACACUAUACAAUCACGUGACCGAUAGGAUCAACCGUCUGUGGAAGACGUUAAGAUAACGCCAAAGUAUAUCGCUUCACUGACAAAAACUCUGCUUCGAGUCCGUAUUUUUUCGUUCUUUAAUAUAUCAAUAUAACUUGCGGUUCGUUUUUAUGUUCGUUUUUUCCCGGUGAUCAGAACACACCCGGCUGCAGAUGGAUCUGGAAAAAGUUGAACAGGUUAGAAUUAUAUUGUAAUGCCAACAAACACUUGUUUUUGUAAAACUUGAGUUAUAAUAGCGGUAUUAUAACAUGAACUUUACUUCCACUCAUUUAACAGCUAGAAACAAAAAUAACAACGGAACUGGAAUCUUUGAAAGAGAGGAUCAGCACAAUGACUCAGGUAAAGUUAUUGCAUCAAAACGUUCUUCAUAUACCAUAGCUUUGGUGAAGGAAGAUCUACCCUGGGUUCCAGAGGCUUUGUCAUGCCCGGUUUCCGGUUUCGGUCAAGUCUUAAAAAGUGACACGCGGGAAAAGCCUCUGGACCAGAGCGCCAUUCCUUUGAUAGCACCGAGCCAAUUACAACCCAACGUACACCAAAACAUCCAGAAUCUGGAUGUUUUGCUGAUUGGUUCCUUGGAGAUAUCGAAUGUUUCAAAUGCUCUGAUUAGAUUACAAUCGCAAUAGGCGCGUGCUCGGGACGCGACACGUCUUCGGCCCAAGACCGAAGACGUGUCGGCCACACGAAGCUCCUCGUCGCACGCGAGAAAAAACCUCUGGUACCCAGGGUAAGGAAGAUCAGAUUAACGUUCCUUUUUUACUACUUAGGAACUUGAGACGUAUAGUGACUUGGAUACUCUGAGAGAACAGUCAGAAGAAAAGAAACGGGUAAGUUGACAAUCCCAUUGUACUACGGCUGUCUAGAAAACAAACUGAUUUUGUAAUGUAAAUGUUAAAGAAUCAAUCCAUAAUUUCCUCCCUCUUAACUACCUCUCCCGUGAAUUGCACUCGGGGGAGGGGAGGGCGGGGGGACACUGGACAUUAUUUAGGGGAGGUUUACCAUCGAUAGUCGAGACUACGUGUCACGUGUCUUUGUUGUGGGCCAAUUUUAUGUUCUGUUUUGGGUUAUAGUAUUGUUUGAUGAUGAGUUAAAAGCAAACACAAAAUUGGACCACAAGUAAAAAGAAAGGCGGAUUUAAAUUUGAAUUUAAACGUCAAGGUUUCAAGGCCUUACGAUCAAGGGUUACUUAGAAUAAAUGUCUUUUAAUUUUUUGGUUUCUUUACUAGCGUCUGUACGAGGAAAAAAAAGUAUUAUCAUCAAGAAAGGAAACAUUUAAACAACGUAAGUCUCAGUUGUUUGUUUUAGGAUUUUUCUCUUUCUUUCGCUCCUAAGAGCUCUCUGUUUUCAAUCGAUAUCUGUGGAUAAAUAUGGCCUUUUUUCAGGACAAGUUGAUGCUGGGUUUUCAAAAAAAUCUUUUUUGCACGUUAUGUUAAGAAACUGUCAAUUCAAGUACAUUGCAUGUGCCUUGCUGAAAGCAUAAAUAAAUGGGUGAAGGGGAUAGCUGUCAGGGGGACGUUGAGUCCACUAUCAGGACUAAUUUGUGAAUUUGUUAAUUUAAUUGGUCAGGAAAUUUUACAUUUAUCAGAAAAAAGUCCUGAAAAACUUUGGCUGUGGCAACCAUGGCUGGGCAGACAUCUAUCAUCAUUAAUCAUGCAGGAAGUUGGUCCCUCUGGCACUCGUUGAAUUUCAAUUUCAUUGCACUAAUUGUCAGGGUGAAGCCUUUUGUAGAUAGCUUGAGGUGUUUAAGUACCGUAGUUUAGGGUUAGAAGUCAAAAGGUUACGGACGAUACGAAAGUGACUAUCGUGAGGCAAACGAUGAACUAGACUAUCGUGCAUGAAACACAAUAUUAUUUAAAAUAAGAACUUUCGUUAUAUAAAAAGGAGAUUUAUCAGUCCUCUUCUGUAUCAUUCAGAUGUCCAGCGACUGUCCUCAUUCUAUGAUGCGACCAGAAGCAAACUAAUGGAAAACGAGACACAUUCCCAGGUAUUUUUUCGUAGACGACACCAAUCAUUAAUUUUUCCAUCAUGCGUUGUUGACUCGUAUGAUUAGCUUAUGUUCCACAGUAGCUUGGAUGCCAUGCUCCUUUUACCUGCUCAAAUUUCGCGCUCAACCUGAAAACCUUCUUAGUCUCUAUUGUCUCUUUAAGUGCAGUACUUCAAUAACAGUCGCUUAAGCUUCGCAAUAUGCCGAUGUUUCCCCGCCAACAGACUUAAAGAGCAAUAGACAAACCUGUUUGUACUUGUUUGUAUUGUAUCCCCGCUUUUCGGUAUCAUAAACUUUAUCAUCGUCUUGUUUUCAGCUUGGUAAUCUGGAACGGAAGUGGCAGCAUCACGAACAGAACAACUUUGUAAUGAAGGAGUGUAUCCUUUUAUGUGUCUUGAACAUUGUCACCCAUAUAAUAGGUGCAGGAAAUCUGCGUGCUGUGAUUGGUUUAUAUAAUGAUUAUAGUUUUUAUUACACCAAAGAUACGCCUUUGACGUCAUAG